AUGAAAAGUGGACUUCGGGUUUUACUAUGCAUCGGAUGCGUCCUAUUCUUCGCCCUCUAUUUGUUGGAGGCCCAUAUACAGGAUAUCUGUAACCAGUAUCGUGCUGGCUCAUUCGUGUGGACAUGGAUAGAUCGCCACAUCCCAGGGUCACGCCCACCGCCACCACCAUAUAUUGGUAUACCUGGUGAUAAAGUGAUCGUCAUGGCGAAGUUAGAAGAGGAGUACACCAACUGGGUAGAAGAAGAACUUCCCGACUGGCAACGAGCUAUCUACAUCGUCAACCCAACUGCAGAAAGUCGCAUGAACGAAUCAAUUCUGACAACACCAAUGAACAAAGGUCAUGAAGCAAUGGCAUAUCUCACAUACGUGAUAGAUCACUAUGACAUUCUUCCAUCAACAAUUGCUUUCUUACACGCCCACCGCUCAGGAUUCUUUAUGGCCUGGCACGUCGACGCCCCGUUACACGAUAACGUUAUCGCCAUGCGUAACCUCCAGGUACCAUUCGUCAAACAAAACGGCUACGUCAACCUACGCUGCAAUUGGAACCCCGGGUGCAAGACCGAUAGUCGUGUUAACAGCCAUGUCACCGAGGAAAUCUGGUACGAUUUGUUCGAAGGAACUAGCACACCACCAUUGAAUAUGUCCUCAUCGGUUGAAAUCGAGGAACCUGGAAAGCGGUAUGCGCGAAAACCGACGCAGAUUGCCGCGGCUUGUUGUGCGCAGUUUGCUUGCGCAUGCGGCCGAAAAGAGGACUACCUCAAGAUUCGGCAGUGGCUUAUUGAUACUGACUUGACGGAUGCGAAAUCUGGUCGAGUGAUGGAGUAUCUGUGGCAUGUUAUCUUUGGGGCGAAUUCGGUUUAUUGUCCUGAUGAACAGCUUUGUUAUUGUCAGGUUUAUGGACAGUGUGGCGAGCCGGACUUUUCAUACUAG